AUGGCAAAUCUCCGCCCCUCUCCUCUUCGCCCCUCCCAUCUUCUUCUCCUCUUCCUCCUGUUCCUCCUCUCGGUAAGUGGAAUGAACUUCUGGAACCUCAAUCUGAAAAUACACGUACGCGGUGUCGAGUUUGAGCCGGAAGCCAACCUGGACGCCCGUGAAAUCACCACAUCAUUCGCCAUGUCUUGUCAACUGCCCGCGAAGACCGAUGAGCCAGUGAGAGAAGACAACAUGAACUUCAAUGGCGUCGUGUCCAUCGACAUACAUACCAUCACAGAUGAGAUUUCGAUGAAGUUCCGAGAGCCUGUCUCUGAGCGCCAGCUUCCUGAGCAUACCGUGGCCCUUUCGCUCUUCGAAUGCCACGGUCAUAAGAUGAGAUGCAUCUUUUGCUUCGAGCGUCCUCCGGCAUAUACCAUCUCGUCAACAAAGCGGCAGAGGCUCUACAAUGCCUCAACAAUCCUCACUCGUGCAUCCUUCACCUAUCUUUCGCAUGGCGCUCUCUGCACGGCGCUCUCUGCACAUAGUUCUUACUCAAUUGACACGAUUGACGCCGGAAUAACCUGCUACACCGCGUACAUGUGUAGAUCCAAGUGGCCAUUGGUUCUACAGUACUAUAGAAGUGGAAGUUGA